UCGGCUCGGCAGCUCGGCUCAGCUCGGCGGCUCGGUUCAGCUCGGCUGCGCGACCGCUGACGGACUGACGGGCGUGCGCGGGGGGCGCGAGGCGCGGGGCGCGGGGCGCGGGGCGCGGGCCUCGGCGGCGGCGGCGGCGGCGGCGGCGGAAGCCUUGUGUCCCCGCCCGCCCGGUCGUCUCGGAGAGGCGGAGGCAGCGCGGGCCGGCCGCAGCAGAGCGGGCGCAGGCGCGGGGGGCGGCGGCGCGGGGGAGGCGCGUGGGGCGCUGAGCGAGCGCGGCCCGCCGGGCGCCGCCGACCCGGCCCAGCGGACUGACGGACGCGCACGGACGCGGCCCCUCCCUGCCGCCGCCCGCCCGGGGCGCCCACCUCGCCGGCGCCGGGCCCGGGAGCGAUGACAUCGACGGGGAAGGACGGCAGCGGGGCGCAGCACGCGCAGUAUGUGGGGCCCUACCGGCUGGAGAAGACGCUGGGCAAGGGGCAGACAGGCCUCGUGAAGCUGGGGAUUCACUGUGUCACGUGCCAGAAGGUGGCUGUCAAAAUCGUCAACCGCGAGAAGCUCAGCGAGUCUGUACUGAUGAAGGUGGAGCGGGAGAUUGCCAUCCUGAAGCUGAUCGAGCACCCCCAUGUCCUCAAGCUGCACGACGUCUAUGAAAACAAAAAAUAUUUAUACCUGGUGCUAGAACACGUGUCUGGUGGGGAGCUCUUCGACUACCUUGUCAAGAAGGGGAGGCUGACCCCCAAAGAGGCUAGAAAGUUCUUCCGGCAGAUCAUCUCUGCGCUAGACUUCUGCCACAGUCACUCCAUAUGCCACAGGGAUCUGAAACCAGAAAACCUUCUGCUGGACGAGAAGAAUAACAUCCGGAUCGCGGACUUCGGGAUGGCGUCGCUGCAGGUUGGCGACAGCCUGCUGGAGACGAGCUGCGGGUCCCCCCACUAUGCCUGCCCGGAGGUGAUCCGGGGAGAGAAGUACGAUGGCCGCAAGGCAGACGUGUGGAGCUGCGGCGUGAUUCUGUUCGCCCUGCUUGUGGGGGCGCUGCCCUUCGACGACGACAACCUGCGGCAGCUGCUGGAGAAGGUGAAGCGGGGCGUGUUCCACAUGCCGCACUUCAUCCCGCCCGACUGCCAGAGCCUGCUGCGCGGCAUGAUCGAGGUGGACGCCACGCGGCGCCUCACGCUAGAGCACAUUCAGAAACACAUUUGGUAUAUAGGAGGCAAGAACGAGCCCGAGCCGGAGCAGCCCAUCCCCCGCAAGGUGCAGAUCCGCUCGCUGCCCAGCCUGGAGGACAUCGACCCCGACGUGCUGGACAGCAUGCACUCGCUGGGCUGCUUCCGGGACCGGAACAAGCUGCUGCAGGACCUGCUGUCCGAGGAGGAGAACCAGGAGAAGAUGAUUUACUUCCUCCUCCUGGACCGGAAAGAAAGGUAUCCGAGCCACGAGGACGAGGACCUGCCGCCCAGGAACGAGAUAGACCCUCCCCGGAAGCGCGUGGACUCCCCAAUGCUGAACCGGCACGGCAAGCGGCGGCCUGAGCGCAAGUCCAUGGAGGUGCUGAGCGUGACGGAUGGCGGCUCCCCGGUGCCUGCGCGGCGGGCCAUCGAGAUGGCCCAGCACGGCCAGAGGUCUAGGUCCAUCAGCGGCGCUUCCUCAGGCCUCUCCACCAGCCCACUCAGCAGCCCCCGGGUGACCCCUCACCCCUCUCCGAGGGGCAGUCCCCUCCCUACCCCCAAGGGGACGCCUGUGCACACGCCCAAGGAGAGCCCGGCCGGCACGCCCAACCCCACGCCACCGUCCAGCCCCAGCGUGGGAGGGGUGCCCUGGAGGACACGGCUCAACUCCAUCAAGAACAGCUUCCUGGGGUCACCCCGCUUCCACCGCCGGAAACUGCAAGUUCCGACGCCCGAGGAGAUGUCCAACCUGACCCCGGAGUCGUCCCCAGAGCUCGCCAAAAGGUCCUGGUUUGGGAACUUCAUCAGCCUGGAGAAGGAGGAACAGGUCUUCGCGGUCAUCAAGGACAAGCCGCUGAGCUCCAUCAAAGCCGACAUCGUCCACGCCUUCCUGUCGAUCCCCAGCCUCAGCCACAGCGUCAUCUCCCAGACGAGCUUCCGGGCCGAGCACAAGGCGACGGGGGGCCCAGCGGUGUUCCAGAAGCCCGUCAAGUUCCAGGUGGACAUCACCUACACCGAGGGCGGGGCGGCGCAGAAGGAGAACGGUGUCUACUCCGUCACGUUCACGCUCCUGUCAGGCCCGAGCCGCCGCUUCAAGAGGGUCGUGGAGACCAUUCAGACCCAGCUGCUGAGCACACAUGAGCAGCCUUCUGCCCAGCACUUGUCAGACACCACUAACUGUAUGGAAAUGAUGACGGGGAGGCUUUCCAAAUGUGGCAGCCCAUUGAGUAACUUCUUUGACGUAAUUAAACAACUUUUUUCAGACGAGAAGAACGGGCAGGCGGCCCAGGCCCCCAGCACGCCCGCCAAGCGGAGUGCCCACGGCCCACUCGGGGACUCCGCGGCCGCUGGCCCCGGCCCUGGAGGGGACGCCGAGUACCCAGCGGGCAAGGACACGGCCAGGACGGGGCCGCCCGCCGCCCGCCGAGAGCAGCCUUAGACACAUAGCCCCCUCCCCCUGCACGGCCCCGACAGUGGCCCCCAGGCCGCCUCGCCGCCCGCUCGCCCGCCCGCCGCCCGCCCGGUGUGGACCCGGGGCUGCGCCCGUCUGUCCGUCUAGACUGUUGUGAAGCCGGGGAGGAAAGGAAAGGGGGCACCGGGGGCCACAGCCGCGGCUGGGCCACCCGCGCCCGCUCUCUCUUUCUCUCGCUGUCUCUCUCCCUGCCUGUCUCUGACAACGCCACUGUUUCCGCUCUGAUACCAGGAAUUAUCCCGAAAAGUUAACAUGUCAUCUCCACGAGGCCGUCCUCCGUGCUCUGCACCGGAUACCGGCUGACCGAAGGCAGCUGCCGUGGACCUGCCCUCUCUCCUCUCCUGCUGCUGCCGCCCACUGGGCAGUGAGGCCCUGCCCGCCCGCCAGCUCUGCCCAGUUUCAGCUCCGCAUGGCCACGGGGAGGAGGACCCGGCCCCGACGGGAGGCCGCCUCGGGCCCACCCGACUGGACGCGCGGUGACCGGUGCCCCCGGCGGGUCCGGCCAGCCUCCGGGGCAGGCCCAAGGGGGUGAAGCAGCCGUCUGGCCCGGCCGGCACGGCCUCUCCUCAGCACGUCCCCUCCCUGCUGCUCCCUCCUCGUCCACGUCCAUGCACCUCAGCGCCGCCCACCUGCCUCGCCGCAUCCCACCCCCCAGCUCCCCGGGGGCUGCAGGUGGAAAGAAACCCCGGGGGCCCCGCAGCACCUGCCCACCUGCCCACCCGCCCGCCCGAGGGCAGGCCGAGAUCAGUAUUAUUUCCUUGCUGUUUUAACUUAUUGAGUUUCUUUACUUCUCCGUUCAGGGAAGGGGCAGCAGCAGCGCCGUCCUGCCGUCUGUCUGUGUGUGUGUCUUGGGCAGGGUGGGGUCUGGGCCAAGGUGCCCCGUGGACAGAGCGGUCGGGGUGCCGGGGCCGCGGGGGCAGCCGGCCGAUGCAGCGCCGGCAAGCUACUGUAAACUUUAAAGAAUUCCUGCAAGAUAUUUUUAUAAACUUUU